AUCUUGGCUGAUGACAUGGGAUUAGGGAAGACUGUUCAAAUCAUCGCUUUCCUUUCAGGUAUGUUUGAUGCUUUGCUUGUGAAUCAUGUGCUGCUGAUUAUACCAACAAAUCUUAUUAGCACAUGGAUAAAAGAAUUUGUUAAGUGGACUCCAGGUAUGAGAGUCAAAACUUUUCAUGGUCCUAGCAAGGACGAACGAAGCAGAAACCUCAGUCGAGUUCAGCAAAGAAAUGGUGUCAUUAUCACAACAUAUCAAAUGUUAAUAAAUAAUUGGGAGCAGCUUUCAAGAUUUAAUGGUCAAGAGUUUGUGUGGGACUAUGUCAUCCUUGAUGAAGCACAUAAAAUUAAAACCUCAUCUACCAAGUCAGCAAUAUGUGCUCGUAUUAUACCUGCCAGUAAUCGCAUUCUUCUCACAGGAACGCCAGUUCAGAAUAAUUUACAAGAACUCUGGUCCCUGUUUGAUUUUGCUUGUCAAGGAUCCUUGCUAGGAACAUUAAAGACUUUCAAAAUGGAGUAUGAAAAUCCUAUUACUAGAGCAAGAGAGAAGGAUGCUACCCCAGGGGAAAAAGCCUUGGGUUUUAAAAUAUCUGAAAAUUUAAUGACAAUCAUAAAACCCUAUUUUCUUCGGAGGACUAAAGAAGAGGUACAGAAGAAAACGUCUUGCAACGAAGAGGUCAGACUUAGUGUAAAGAACCCAACUAGUGAUGCUAUUUGUGAAAUGCCUUCCCUUUCCAGGAAAAAUGAUUUGAUUAUUUGGAUACGUCUUGUACCUGUACAAGAAGAAAUAUACAGGAAGUUUAUUUCUCUGGAUCAUAUCAAGGAGUUACUAAUGGAGACACGCUCACCUUUAGCUGAGUUAGGUGUCUUAAAGAAGCUGUGUGAUCAUCCUAGGCUGCUAUCUGCACGGGCUUGCCAUUUGCUGAAUCUAGAAGCUGGUCAGUUCUCUGUUGAAAAUGAAAGAGAGGACUUAACUGAUACGGGCCAUUUAAGUCAGGUAACUGAUACGACACUGAUGGAAGAAUCUGGGAAAAUGAUAUUUCUGAUGGACCUGCUUAAGAAACUGCGAGAUGAAGGCCAUCAAACUCUGGUGUUUUCGCAAUCAAGACAAAUCCUAAACAUCAUUGAACGUCUCUUAAGGAAUAGGCACUUUAAGAUACUGAGGAUUGAUGGAACAGUUAGUCAUCUUGUGGAACGAGAAAAAAGAAUCGACUUAUUCCAGAAAAAUAAAGAUUACUCUGUUUUUCUGCUUACCACUCAAGUAGGGGGUGUUGGCUUAACAUUAACAGCAGCAAGUAGAGUGGUCAUUUUUGAUCCUAGCUGGAACCCUGCAACUGAUGCUCAAGCUGUGGACAGAGUGUACCGAAUUGGACAAAAAGAAAAUGUUGUCGUUUACAGGCUAAUUACUUGUGGUACUGUAGAAGAAAAAAUAUACAGAAGGCAGGUUUUCAAGGACUCCAUAGUAAGACAAACAACUGGCGAUAAGAAGAACCCUUUCCGAUAUUUUAGUAAACAAGAAUUAAGAGAGCUCUUUACAGUUGAGGAUUUACAGAACUCAGCAACCCAGCUGCAGCUUCAGACUUUACAUGCUGCUCAGAGGAGAUCUGAUAAGAAAUUAGAUGACCAUAUUGCAUUCCUGUACUCUCUGGGAAUAGCUGGAAUCUCUGACCAUGAUUUGAUGUUCACACAUGAUGUGUCUGUUAAAGAAGAGUUAGAUGUGAUAAAAGACUCCAACUAUAUUCAAAAAAGGGUUCAGAAAGCUCAAUUUCUUGUUGAAUCUGAAUCACAGAAUCCCGAGCUCCUAAAGGAAAGACAAAAAAGUGAGGCGACUUGCCUGGUCGAAUCUAUGUUUCCUCAUACAAAAGUGAAAGGCCAUCACUCGAAUAGACCAAAGCCUGCACCUUUACCUCCCAAAGCUAGUAGUGAAACUGAGGAAGAAGAAAUGAUUUCUCAACUGGCAAGUGUCAUCAUUGAUAAUCUGCCAGACACGAGUGAGAAAGAUCUCACCAGCUUAAAUGUGUCUGACCUGCAAAAGAGUAGACACACAUGUGAAAGUACAUCCCAUGAUUAUUCUGCUGCUACUGUCUACGAGAGAUGUGAAUGUGAAGAAGUUGGUAGAGACUCUGUAUUUGGAAUAGCAGAAGGUUUUGUAGCUGAAAGCAAGUCUCAGCAAAAAGAGGCAAUAGGAGAGAUGGCUGCACAGAAAGCACUGGAAGUGAAGCCUCUGAGAAGUGAUUUACUCAGGGUAUCAGUCGGAGGUGAUGUGGAGACAAAUCUAGAUCAGCUGAAAGAUGGUGAGAGUCUGCAUCACUGCAGUCCCUGGCCUAUGAAUUCUGCAACAAAUAAAAAUCAAAGUGAAGAAUUGAAUGCAUCUGUUACUACAAAAUCUCAUGACUUUUCAGCACCCCACAGUGCCUUGCAGGAUGCUCUGCAGGAUGUUCAAGCAAAUGAGGCCAAGUUGAUGGAGAAAACUUCAGCAUUUUCACCGCAGUAUGCAUGUGAUUUCAAUCUUUUCUUGGAAGACUCUCCAGACAAUAGACAAGAUUUUUCCAGUCGUUCUCCACUGCAUGUGAAGAAAGAAAAUAGCUUGUGUGGCUCUGCUGCUAGUUCUAGAGCAGAGUUAGUACAGAACAUAGAAUCUCUCCAUUUGAUUAGUGAUGAUGAGACAGAAGUAGUAGUUAAUGCGAAAUCCAAGAGGAAAACCAGAAGGAUCACUUCAGACAGUGAAGAUGAAGGAGCUACUUGUCAAGAGACUGUGAGUACAAAUCUGUUCAGUGCAUCGCCCUUUGAAUUCUCAUCUGCAAAACAGUUUGACGCUUCCACUCCCAAAUCGGACAGCUCAUCUGGGAGAUUCUUUUCACCUAAAAUAUCUGAUAGUAUAAGAAAAUCAAUAUCUGAUAGUGUAAGAAAGUCAAGAAGUUCCCUUGCUUCUAGGCGGUCACUUAUUAAUGUGGUUUUAGACCAUGUGGAGGACAUGGAGGAAAGUCUUGACAACAACAGUGAAGGAGAGGAGUAUCAGGAGGAAGGAGAGGCUGUUGAGUAUCUGGAGGAAGGAGAGGCUGUUGAAGAGUAUCUGAAGGAAGAAGAGGAAAACAGUGGGCAAAUCCCUGAAGGGACAGAAACCCCUACCAGAGAAAGUCUGCCUUCAGAAAGUGAGGCCAGUUGCUUAACUGCACCUAAGCCUGAUGAUCCAGCUCAAGAGCCACCUUGUGGUGACCCUGAGCCUUUGAGUGGUGUCCAGUCCAGUGAUGUUCCUCAGGAGAAGGCAGUGGAGACAGCGGAUGACUAUGACAGUCUUGUAAAGCGCGGAAAAGAACUGAAAGAGUGUGGGAAAAUACAGGAGGCUUUAAACUGUUUCGUUAAGGCUCUUGACAUAAAAAGCGCAGAUCCUGAAAUCAUGCUUAUGACUCUAAGUUUAUAUAAGCAACUGAAUAAAAGUUGAUAGUAUAGCCUGUUUAUUGUAUUUGGGAGCAAAACUCCAGUUUUUACUUACUUAGUGUGGUCCCAUACAUUUGGGGUUAUGGGACAUGCAGGCUUAAGGGGAGGCAUUUCAGAGAAACAAAUUUCUUUUUCUUACCUAAUUUAGAAAAAAAUUUAAGAGGAGGGGAAAGAAGGCACGAAACGCCUAGAUUAUAGGAGGGAGUCUCCUUAUGCAGGAACCUUGGGAACAGGUUUUUGUUGGUAAUCUUCAUGGUAAAAUCUUUUUUUUUAUGGUAAAUUCUACCUUUAACCUCUACCCCUUCUCCAUUCUGGUAUUCAAAGCACUAGGUUAAUGCUUUAUUUGAACAUUCAUGUAUUUCUUUUUCUUUUAGGCUUAACUCUUAUGUUUGGAAAAUUUUUCAUAAAAUGCCCCUGGUUUAUGUUAA